GCCUUUGCACAGAAUUCAUGCCCCACUACGCACGCAACAGCACCGGCUUCUACGCAAACCAUUGUCGAUGAUGCAUCAAAAGCCAUGCUUCGAAGAAAAAUAUGGAGCAAGCAUUAAAAUCAUGCACCGUCUUUGUUCUUACCACUUUACUCGGCCGAAUUCAUUAGGCCGGCUGUCCUUUGGCCCUGUCUCGAUCCUCUGCUAUUACUCUGUGAACCCAAGCUCAGUGUAUUUCUUUUAUCAGCCCUGUUGCUUUCCCUGUUCUUCCCAACCCCAAACUACCCACAUCCCCAUUAAAUUCCAUGGUGAACUAUUUUGACAUUGUGUCUAUGAAUGUAGUAGCAGAUGGGUUUGUGCAGGAGGCUGGUGGUGUUGUUGCCAUUGAUCUUUGUAGGCCACAGGGUUGGUCUUUGUGGUCUCCUUCUCUUUUAUUCGUUUGUGCUGUUUAGACUUUAGAGGACGCUUGUCCGGUGUUUGUUUCCCUCCUGCCCAAUAUAUCAGUUGAAGGAGGCUGUUUCCUUUCCCUUCCUUGAUGCUCCAUCUUGCUCCACACAUGGGUGGUGACACUGUCUUCACGUUUUUUCUCCUCUUCCUGUUUAUCUCUUAUGCUACUGCUCGUGAUAGGUGUGUGCAUCAGUCCAAGGCGGCCUACUCCUCCUCUUCCGGCCUCUCUGUUGGAGCUUGUGGGUAUGGCUCCAUGGCUUUGGGCUUCAAUGGAGGUUAUACCGCAGCUGGGAGCUCUACGCUUCACAGAGGGGGCGUUGGUUGUGGAGCAUGCUUCCAGAUAAGAUGCAAGAACACAAGUGUUUGCGGCACAGAAGGGGUAAGCGUGAUCCUGACGGACCUUAACAAGAGCAACCACACUGAUUUCGUGCUCGGUGACCCUGCUUUCAUGGCCAUGGCACGAAAUGGCAAGGAGCAAGAGCUCAAGAAACUUGGCAUUCUGGAUGUGGAAUACAAGAGGAUCCCUUGCGAAUAUAAGAACCGGAACCUAUCUGUCAGAGUGGAAGAGAGUAGCAGAAGCCCCAGUCACCUGGCCAUCAAGUUCCUGUACCAGGGAGGUCAGACUGACAUGGUAGCAGUUGAUGUAGCUCAGGUCGGGUCACCGAAUUGGCGGUUCAUGCGCCGGGAUUAUGGGCCAGUCUGGAGCAUCAGCCGGGCGCCGGUUGGGCCACUGCAAUUGCGGAUGGUGGUGACCGGCGGCUACGGCGGCAGGUGGGUGUGGGCUCAGAAGGCGGUCCUGCCGGCGGAGUGGACAACCGGUUCAGUCUACGACUUGGGUGUUCAGAUCACUGACAUUGCCCGGGAGGGCUGUCGCAUCGAAGAAUAGAACACAGGAAUUCUUCAUCCUGUACUUGUUGUCUCUGAAGCAGAAAUGAGGGGGAUUGGAAUCCUUGUUCAUAUACUCGUCUCUGAAUAGAACACAAGAAUUCUUCAUCCUAUACUUGUCAACCUAGUUGGUAAUUGGAAUCCUUGUUCCUUUGUACAGGUUCAUGUGCUUGAUGUCAAGAUACAAACAAAGUGCCAAGAUUCCUCAUAAGAAAACCUGGUUGGAAAA